AAUCUUUAAAAGAUUUUGAAACUUGGGGGUUCUCAUUGUUUUCCUGAGAAUCCUAGAUUUUAUGAACAGCAGAAGCAGAAAGCCAUGUGAGAAAAAGCGGCUUUUUAUUUUAAGGUGAAAUGUGAAAAACCGAAGGGAAAAGCACAGCACUUUCUCUUUCACUUAUCAUCAUUCACAUUCACUACCUGGGCUUUGAGGACUUGAGCAGCUCCCAAGAUUUGAACUUGUUCAUGCGGAUGUUUCUGAGAUUCCCAUGGGAAUCCCUUGGGAUGUGGGAUGUUUGUGAUUUUGUCUGCCAAGUGUGAACGAAAGGUUGGGCUUAUUGACAAUGCGCUUGUUCUGGUGGCAACAGCUGCCUCUGCUUAUUCUCAUCCAUCUUUUGGAACCCAGCAGAACAAGCUACAAAGUUUACGGAUACGGUUUUGUUCAUGUUCGAAACGGUGUGGCUAGGCAUGCGAUUGACGCAAAAGCUGAAGCUCUACUAACUUUCAAGAGCGAUGGUGGAAGCCCACAACUACUCAAAGGUCGAAUUGGAAGAUGUCCUUGUCUAACACAAUGGAAAAUUGUCAACUGUCAUAAACUGAAGGACCCAUGUGUUGUUUCUUUGUACCUUAGAUGUUAUACUUCCAACAGGUUUUCUGGUAUCUGUUCAGUUCCCCUGUGGGCUAACGCAGUCAGUUUGCCACCUUUUGUUCCAAGACUUUUCAUUACACACUCUUCAAUUCAACUACAAAAAGGGCACCAUAAACCAAGAAGCAGGAGGAUAGCAGCCAUAGUUGAUGGGGAUAAUGGAACUCCAACACUCACACCUGUGGAAAAAGUUCAUGGUAACCAUUCAACAAAACCAAAAGUCGCAGCAAUUAUUGGUGGAGUUGUUGCCACUCUGCUUGUGAUUAUCGUAGUGAUGCUCAUUUACAUGUGCUUGAUGCGUGUAAAAAGAUUAACUAGGCAAACAUCUGAGACAGUGUCAUCUGCACCAUCACCUCCUGUUCAGUGGGAAAGAGGGGACGCAUCUCCCUACACCGUUGCUCAUUCUCCUUACAGUGCACCAAACUUGAGGCAACUCACCAUAUUGGAAUUGGAGCAAGCGACAAGCAAUUUCAGUGAAACUAAUAUCAUAAGCCAAGGUAGAUUUGGAUUGGUCUACAAGGGAUUGCUCCAAGAUGGGACUAUUGUAGCUAUCAAGAGACGCCUACAUGCCCCAACUCAGUAUUUCUUUCAUGAGGUGAAGCACGUAGCUCGUGUCAACCACAUGCAUAUUCUCAGGCUUAUUGGUUAUUGUCAAGAUGCUACUCAACAGUUACUUGUAUAUGACUAUCUUCCAAAUGGAAAUGUUGGGAAUCAUCUAUACGAUGCUGAAGGUUUGCCUAUUGGAAGGUUGGGCAUAAGGCAAAGGCUAUUGAUUGCUUUGGGAGCAGCCAAAGGACUUGCACACCUUCGCAGUUUGGUGCCUCCUCUUCUGCACAUGCAUUUUAGAACAAGCAACGUUCUUCUGGACGAAAACUUUACUGCCAAGGUGUCUGAUUAUGGACUAACCAAAUUGCUAGUGGGUCAUCAUGCUGGCUCAUCUUCAGCCGUUGAUUGCUUUGUUGACCCAGAGUUAGAUUCAUCAAAGAAGUUUUCAGAGAGAAGUGAUGUUUACAGUUUCGGGGUCUUCUUACUGGAAUUGGUCAGUGGACGUGAAGCGAAUGCAAGAAACCAGUUGAACUCAGUGGAUAAUUUAAUAUUGCAGGGAUAGGCCAUCAGGAACUUGGCUGUUCCUUUUCAUACACUGAAGAAAGGCGCGUUUAAUGCAAAACACCUCACCUUCUACACUCUUGCACUCCACACGUCUUUAUGUGGAUGGACACCUCACUUCUCUAAGGCAAGCAAAAUGAUGGCUGAAGCUCUCCCUAAUAUAAUGGAUAUUCUCAAGAUCCUAGAGUAGCUUGCAGGUUUUUCUGAUCCUUUUUGGAUAAGAUCAAGUGACGUAAUUGAAGAGCUCGUAAAGAAAGAAUUUAGAGUGUGUGAGAGAUGCAGUAGAGCGAAAAUCCUAGCACCUUCUGAGAUCAAAAGGUUGUGGAGAGGGAGAGAGAGUUGUCGGUUCUGAACAAUGCAUUCACUCUAGCAUUUACAGGCUUUCAUCUUUAUACAUGCAUUUAUGCGUAGUUAUGAAACUUCACUGACUUUACGUACUUAAAAGUUUGUCAUUCAAAGAAGUAGACUUUUCGUUCUUUCAUAA